AUGCAAGCAGACGACCUUCAAAAAGAUUUCAUAGGCAAAAUAGAAGCGAAGAGCUGGCGAACUGCUGUAAUCAAAGUCAAAAAUCAGCUGUCAUUGGUUCGAAAUUGGAUAAAAAAUAAACAAAUUGUAUCUGAAAGAAAUGUGCAUGAUGUUGAGAUUGCACUUCAGGAACAUUAUAUUGUAAAUAUUUUCAACGUUAAUCAAACAGUGGCUGUUUCUCAUGCCCUAACCAUGACUUUUCACUGA